AAUAGUGUUAUAUGAAUAAAAUUGACAUUGACAUUGACAUCCUCAUUUUUCCAGUGUGUGCACAUUGGCCACACCUCCCAAAAUUUGGUAUGAGUCAGUCCAUGAGGGAAAAGCUGAGAAUGUAAUACAGUACACGCAACAUCUUAUGUAGGCUAGUUAUUAGCAAAACAUGCAUAAACUAGUCUGUGUUCACAUUUAAUCCAAUUCUUAAUCGACAUAGCGUUUUCACUUUUCUAUGCGUUAUUAUUCGAUUUGUUUUAUAUUACCACGACAUCCAAGCUGUGAUUUUGAUGUUACACAACUUUGAGAGUGGAAGGUCUGUGUGUUUAGCUCUAGGAAAGAUCCUAAUUAGAGGUGUGCAAUAAAUCUGACUCAGCACAGCACGGCCCCAGUGUUACGUCGAUGUAGCGGCCGUAUCCAAGUCCGUAACUACAAACCUCAUCAUCAUCCUCAACAACAUGGCGCCAGCGUACAGCUGGACCGCGCAUAGACGCCACGGCACUACUUCAAGAAGUUACUUCACUCACUAAACGCAGCGUCGCGAAGAUUUUUUUGUAGCUUUUCUUUUUGUGUCUCUUCUUAAAAUGUUUGUUUAUUCUCUUUAGAAAGCAAAUAAGCGACUUUUUUGAACAUCUUGGGCUCACAUACUCACCUGCCUAAGCAGAAAGAACAUAUCGUUCUGGACCAACUCACAGCUGCUGUAUUUCUCGAAGUGAAAGGAAAGUGGGCACUGAGAUUUCGCAGACGGUGAAAGUACUUUUUCCGCAAAAACAAGCCAUGUAACGGUGCUCGAGAGGCUUUUCUUCAUCAGAGGACAUGCAUCUAAACAUGAGCGAAAAUAACUGUCCGCUUGAAGAAAGGGAUAGAGACAGACUUCCUCCAAUAAUAAACCAUCAGAACUUGGAGCGUGGACCGAAGCUCCCUUUCCCCUCUUACGGAAGUUUUAUCUCCACCUUGAAUCACAAAAGAGAGUCAGGCAGCCACAGUUUCUCCUCUCCAUUAUUUCUACCUGCAGUUAAACAAGUGAGAGAGCUUCCCCCAAUAUAUCCAGAUGUGAGACAGAAGCAUCGUAUCUCUAUUGAUGUACUCCCUCCAGAGGUGAAGGCUCGUUUUGUCUCAGAGCCCAUUAUUCCUAUUCGAACUAAAACAGCCAAAGAGUUUCAGGACGAUGUCGAACGGGCAACUAUCUCAGGGGAUUGGAAGCACGUCCAUGAUUUCUACUUGACCACGUUUGACUCUUUUUUGGAACUCAACGGUGCCUUUAAGAAAGAAGCAAAUGCUCCCUUCAACACUAUUGAAGACUCAGGAAUAAACAUCAAAUUUGUCAAUAUUGUUUAUGAUGCUUUACUCCAUACGCCUGCGGACACACAGAAGUCAGUCCUGAAGGGAAUUAUUAAUAGCUUAUUAAGAGAAUGGAAAGGGCCUCGGACAAAGGAUGACCUUAGAGCAUAUUUUGUUCUUGUGCAGAACCCUCAGUACACCAGCCCUGCCACAUAUGUCAUCUAUGCACACUUACUGAGGCAAAUAGCAGCCCUGGCUGAAGCGGACCACCAUUUCCUGAUGCACUGGUUUAAAAAGCUGCCUCAGAAGCGUUUCAAGCAGCUGGUGGAGCGCUUGCAGCUCUUCAUCACCACCCGCCUAUUUCCUGCCAAACCAGAGGAGUUGCCGCCCAUGGCCAAAUGCUCUUGGUGGAUUCCCUCGGCCACUAAAGUCCUCUCCCUUCUUAAUGCUGCAAACAGCAUUUCAUCUGCCCCUAUCAUCCCUUUCACUGAUUUCUACAACCUAACAUUGGACCACAUAGACUUUAUGGAGGAUUACCACACGUGGCAGGUUCAUGGAAAUUCAAACAGGUUCACGUUCUGUCAGUUCCCCUUCAUCCUGUCCACAGUGGUGAAGAAAGCCAUCAUCCAGAGAGAUUCAGAGCAGCAGAUGAUCAGCAUGGCCAGGCAAACCCUGGUGGACAAGGUCUCUCGCAGGCAGAGGGUGGAUAUGAGCCUGCUAUUUCUCAACAUUAAAGUUAGGCGUCUGCAGCUGGUCAGUGACUCACUGGAUGAGCUUUCAAGAAAGCGAGCAGACCUGAAGAAAAAACUGAAAGUGACGUUUGUUGGAGAAGCAGGAUUGGACAUGGGUGGACUCACGAAAGAGUGGUUUCUUCUCCUGAUUCGACAGAUUUUUCACACAGACUACGGCAUGUUCACGUAUGUGAAGGAGUCUCAGUGUUAUUGGUUCAGCAGCUGGAAAUGUGACAACUACUCUGAAUUCCGAUUGGUUGGAGCCCUUAUGGGAUUGGCUGUGUACAACAGCAUCACACUGGACAUCCGCUUUCCCCCAUGUGUCUACAAGAAGCUGCUGACCCCGCCCAUUGUGCCGUGUGACCUCGACACCCCCGUUGGCAUGGCGACCCUCACCCUGGACGACCUCCAGCAGAUUAUGCCUGAUCUUGCUCAUGGCCUUGGGGAACUGCUCAGCUAUGAAGGAAAUGUUGAAGAGGACUUCUAUACCACCUUUCAGGUUUUUCAAGAAGAACUUGGAGUGGUCAAGGCCUAUAAUCUAAAACCAGGAGGGGACAAGAUCCCUGUAACCAAUCUAAACAGAAAAGAAUAUGUCCAGCUCUACAUUGAUUUCCUGCUGAAUAAGUCCAUCUACAGGCAGUUUGCUGCUUUCUAUCAUGGUUUUCACAGCGUUUGUGCUUCAAAUGCCCUAAUGCUCUUAAGGCCAGAGGAGGUUGAGAUCCUGGUUUGUGGAAGUCCUAAUCUGGACAUGGGCUCUCUGCAGCGAGUAGUGCAGUAUGAAGGCUACAGCAAGACUGACCCCACCAUCCGAGCUUUCUGGGACGUGGUUCUGGCUUUUCCUUUGGAGCUGCAAAAGAAACUGCUCCACUUUACCACAGGAAGUGACCGCGUUCCUGUGGGGGGGAUGGCUGACCUCAACUUCAAGAUCUCAAAGAUUGAUGUCUCCACUGACUGGCUGCCGGUGUCACAUACGUGCUUCAACCAGAUCUGUCUACCUCCAUACAAGAGCAAGAAAGAACUGAGGCAAAAGUUAACUAUUGCCAUUUCAAAUGCGGAGGGUUUUGGAUUGGAGUAGGUUAAAGAUGGGGAUAAGAUACAUUUUUUAAACAGGGUUGUGCAUCAGAAUUAUAUUUGAGAAUGUCUUUUAAUUCAGAAUCACUUAGGCUGCAUUUUUACACUGCAUGGUUCAAGUGACCCAAUUCCAGUCUUUUUUUUUUCAGUUCGGAUAUGGCCCACAUACAUAUAAGCUAGAAUGUGAAUUGUGCCCUCAUGUUUGCAGUGCAAGCAGGUACAUCAGAUUUUCACCUGUCAGUAGCUAUGUUUCCAUCCACCUAUUUAAUUCAUUAUAUUAUUAUAAAAUGUAUUAUUGAAAAUUGGUUGAUAGAAACGCCAUGAUGCGCAUAAAUUAAACAUUUUAAAUUAGCAUAAAAAAUGCAUGCACAUAACUGAGGAGGAUAAACUUUUUAUUCUAUAAGAAAAGAUUUGCAUAAACUUUGAUGGAAACACUUUUACCAAAUGAAUUUCAGUAUGCGCUAGGGCUGUGCAAGUAAUCAAAAUCGAAUCGCAAUUUGAAGUGUUGCAAUUAGCUAACUGCAAGAGGCUGCGAAAUAAAUAUAUAUAUUAUUUCAUUUCCCCCACCUAGAGCAAAUGCAUGACAGCCGUCUGUGAGUGAUAGUUCUACUAACCAAUUGAGUGAGCACACUUUCGUUCUGCCCAAUCAGAAUAGUGCAACAGAACUAUGCCAAACUCCCGCAAUAAAAAACAAACAGGAAAGCACGAACAAGUGGGAUGAUGACGUUUGCUGCUUUAAAAGAAUUAAUUAACAAGUUAAUAUCGGUCACACUUUACAAUAAGGUUCAUUAGUUAAUGUUAAUUAAUGCAUUUACUAACAUGAACAAACAAUGAACAAUACAUUUACUA